AUGGCUACAUACGUGACGCAGGGCUUCUACGGAUCCGCCAUUGAGGGUGUCAUCCCCCAGGGCUGGAUCGAUUCAAGCACCCUCCGCGAAGUCCCCGACCACCAAGAAAUCUUCCUCUCCCCGAAAACCCUCACGUCGCAGAUCAUCGAAAUCAACCAACGCGUCGAUACUGAAGACGCUCUUACCUUCCACACCCCCUCCCCAUCCGCUCCCUCCUCCACGCACCCCACCGCCGACGACACCGACAAAGCCGCCGUCCUGUACCAUCUGCACGACCUGUGCGACGAGUCCGACACCUUGAAUGUCACGACUCCGCCGCAGUCCGUGGCGCUGCCGAACCUGCCCCAAGCGCGCGCAUACAAGGGCGUUGCGACGCUGACAUCGCCGCGGACGCAGCGCCGAGGGGGUCAGAAUCCCGGAAGUGCGGGUGGUGCGGUGGCGGGGUCGAGUGCGGAGGGGUCGUUGACGAGCACGACGAGUUGUUAUUAUCUGUUGGUGAGGCUGGAAGAGCAGGAAACGGAUGUUCUGGUAUUUGUGAAUGUGCCGCGCGAGGAGUUUGAGGCCGCGGGUGAUACGAGAGGGUUGGCUGAGGAGGAGAAGUUGGCUGGGGGACUGGUGGAUGAGUUAGUGGGGAGGUUGAGGAUCGUGGAUUGGGAUUUGUUUGCUUGA